AUGAGCGGCCCCAGUCAAGACGAAGUAGACAGAGUACUACGGCUGAAAAGCCGCGAGCGCGAAUCCCACGCCUGCUACCCCUGCAAGAAACGCAAAGUCAAAUGCGACGGAACCCAGCCCUGCAAAACCUGUCAAAGGCGCAAACAUCCGCAGAUUUGCACGUACAAGCUGUCGCAUUCCCGGCGCAGAUCGGCUUCGCAUCCAGAAAUUACCCGCUCUGCAUCCCCUGCUUCACCGGCUGCCGUGGUGAAUGCUAGUUCUGAUACGCCUUCUCGGUCGGAGGAUAGAUCCAAGGAUUAUGUUUAUUCUGGGGAUAACUCGGUUGUGUCGAUUUUGCGGUUGCGGGCUUCGGAUGCUAAUGAGUCGGUGGCAAGGGAGGUUGGGUCUGUUUUGGGACUGCAGAAUACGUUUAACAGCUAUCCGUUCAUGGAUUCGAAGACGCCGCGGGAUCGAUGGAAGGCGUUGCUGAGUGUGUUGCCGCAGAGGAAUGAGGUCUUGAAGUUCUUCCAUUACUAUCAGGUUACUGCCUACCCGUUCAAUCCAAUAUUGGCAGACAUGGGCAGGUUUGAAUCUGAUCUGUGCACUUAUUUGAAUGCCCAUUCUGAGGGUGAAUUCAAAUCUUCCGACAAGGUCGCCGAGCGCUGGGCGACGGACAGAUCUAUUGGUCAUAUUAGUCUUCUGCUUGCCACUUUGGCUGCAGGAGCGCAUUACUCUGACAUUGAAUAUCCUCAACGACUAGAGCUUGCGACUGACUUUGCUCGUCGGUCCUUCCACGCCCUCCGCUUAGCCAAUUUCCUCUUUCGACCAUCCCUGGACAUCAUCCAGGCACUGCUAAUUCUAGGUAAUACCCUGCAAAACAUGGGUCAAUCAGAUGCGGCGUGGGCACUGCUCGGCACAACAGUUCGCCUCGCUCAGACGAUGGGACUGCACACGCAACGAGGCACAGCACAUUUACCCGAGCAGGUGAAAACCAAGGCGCGGGCGCUCUGGUCGACCAUCGUUUGGCAAGACAGUCUUCUCUGCCUCUGUUAUGACCGCCCACCCAUUGUCACAGUAACAGGAUGGCCCCUCGAGAACCCCGUCUUUGAACUGCAGGAUUUAUCCUACGAGGCUGUUAUGCAUUCGAUAUGUCGACUUGGCCUAGACAUCAUGCGAGCAGAGACCAUCGGAUUGGACGAGGUUGAGCAGGCAAUUGGCUAUCUCCAAAGAUUGGACAGCGUUUCCCAACGGCGUCAACCUUACCUCCAAUCCAGGGAGAACUGCAUCUCCCUCCAACAAAACCUACAGCAUCUAGCACUCAGGAUGCACACAUCGUUUUGUGUAUCGGUCAUCUGUCGCCCAGCCAUGAAGAAAUCUCCUCCCCAAUUAGUUCACCCUCAAUCUGAACUACUUCGGUCCCGCGCAAAAGGAAGUCUGAUCGAUGCAUCAAAAGCAUUCCUCGAAUUCCAAGCCCUUAGUGUGGUACCGCUGCGAAGUUGGUCGAUGGUACAUACCGUGCUCAGCUCGACAUUACUUCUCUGCAUUUGGGAAGAGACGCGUAAUGACCCCGAAUGCCGAAGUUUGCAACAGCGUGUGAUUGAUGUAUUUUCAUCGUCUGAUUCGAAAGUCAGUGAAGAUGGCACCUCAUCGUCUGAUAGUGACAGCCAAUGGCUAUCGGCUCGCCAUAUUCGUGCUUUGGUCAUGCUACGGGGUGCUCUGGAUCGCGAGGGAGAGAUUGGAAACGCCGAAAAUGAGAACUUGGCGGCAAUGGGCGCGAAUGCUGCGCCGCUGUUUAGCGUUGGGCCGGAGGGAUAUAUGGAUAUGGUGAAUCCCAUGGAUUUCUCGCCUGUCUCAUAUAUUGACUCGAUUAUGAACGUUCCGUUAUUUGACUUCACGCAAGAAUCUGGCUUCAUGGAAUAG